AGAAAAAUGCGAUCACUUCCUGUUACGUUAGUUCGACCGGAAGCAUUAUAACGGAGCUGUAUGCUUUUUUUUUUUUUGCAAGUGUUCGGCACUUUUUUGGUGUUGAAAUGUUUAUUAUUUUGGUACUGAAAGGGUGUGGAGUAUAGGUUGUGGAAGUUCAGGACUGUUUUGGCUUAUUAAACUAUUUAUGGAGUAUGUAAUUUUGGACUGCUUUUGAGGUUUUGGCAACCAUUAUGCUAUUUGGUUUCACCUGGACAAGAAAAGAUCCAAGAUUUAUUCAUAUUGAAAGCAGUGAAGCACUACAAGUUUCGAUGGAUUUAUUGUAGGCUUUCGAAAUUUAAAAGGGCUUUCUGACUGUUGUUUGAAGUAAAAGGUCUAGGGACUUCACUCCACAUUUCACACAGGACUCCUUUAUAAUGCCUGAAGUUCGAGAUCUUUCUGAUGCACUGCCUGAAAUGUUGAUGGAUCCAAUAACUGGAGUUGGGGUGGUUGCAUCUCGAAGUCGUGCACCAGCUGGUUAUGAUGUAGUUUCCCAAACAGCAGAUGGCUUAGAUGCUGACCUCUGGAAGGAUGGCAUAUUUAAAUCCAAGGUCACUAGGUACCUGUGUUUCACAAGAGCAUUCUCUAAGGAAAAUAGCCAUUUGGGUAACGUUCUGGUAGAUAUGAAGCUGAUCGAUAUCAAAGAUACGCUUCCUGUAGGCUUCAUUCCAAUUCAGGAAACGAUGGACACACAAGAGUCAGCUUUCAGAAAACGUAGGUUGUGCAUAAAAUUUAUUCCACGAGAUUCUACUGAAGCGGCAAUAAAUGACAUACGAAUCUUGGGUAGAUCUAAGCAAGCACCUCCUCAGUAUACAUUUAUAGGGGAAUUGAAUAGUAUGGGCAUUUGGUACAGAAUGGGAAAAGUUCCUCGAACUGUGGAACCUGCAUCACCUGCUAAUGAAAUGCCUCUUUCUACAGCAGCUCCUGCCCUUAACCUUUCCAAACAUGUGUCCUUUACACUUCCUGCCAGUUUCCGAAGCAAAAGCCAUACCACACGACCAGACCUUGAGCACCAAAAUUCAAACUUUUAUGCUAUAUCAGACCUUGUCACACAGGAUUGUGUUUCUGGGCUGCCUUCAAGAUACUUCUGUUCAAAAGACUAUUUUGCUUCAAGAGAAGGUGGAAUUUUUUCUGGAAUCUUCCAACUCAAGUCAGUCUCAAACUUCUGCAGCAGAAUUUCUCAGGAUCCCAGGAUUCAUGGCUUCUAUGAUAGAUUCCUCUAGCAAGGUCACACAUGAGAAAGAUGCAGUGGCUUCUAAAAAAGCCCAUGGACCCAGCAUUUGCAUUCCCCGGAUUAUCAAAUUCCAGCUUGGGGCUUUAUAAAAAAAAUAACUGCAUUGGUGGAGACAACAAAUUCAACUGAGUCCAGGUCUCCCCUUCAGUCUCCUCUGACCCCAAACCGAUCUCUGACAACAGACAUGUGAGAUUUUUUUGGGGGGGGCAGUUUCUUUACGGAUAAAAGUGCAAGGCAUAUGUGGUAUCUUUGUGAUGGACCAAAGCACAUCGACAUAUGCUAGCUGUGAUCCAUGCCUUGAAGUCCUUCCAUCACCGAUUAUUCCCAGGACCUCUUCAGGUGAUUUAGACAAUAACACAUUCAUGUGGUACAUAAACAAGCAGUAAGGUACUAGGUCAUACUUCUUAUGCAGGUUGGCUGUGAUGACUCUGCGAAUUGCUCUUCAGCAUUCCUUAACCUCCAAAGCAUCUUAUAUUUCAUCAGAGUAAAACGUAGUAGCAGACAAGCUGCAAGACGAGGACAGACUCUCACAAAUGUAAAUUGAAGAAAUGGAUCUUCCAGGAACUGAUCCAUUUGUGGGGAGCACCUCAAAUGGAUCUCUUUGCCUUUUUUCAAAACAGAAAAUAAAAACAUGUAAAUUGGUCACUGUAGUGGAGUGGUGUUCUUGUUAGGCUCUCCAAACCCAUACAAGGAGCGUGUCCUUGUCAGGGGUAACAAAAAGCAGAGAAAGUUGAGUCUUUAAGGUUCUUUGAUGUUGGUGGUAUCAAGAGUGGUAAAUGACAGCAAUCCAUCUGAUGUUUAAGCUAUACUUCUAGCUAUAACUUAAAUACUAAGGUAUUGUUAACCACUAUAAGUAAAGUUACAUGGAGAUCUUUCUGUAGGUUUAAAUCAUCUAGUUCAUUUCUUUGCAUGCUUUCAUUGUAAAAAAACUUUAUCAAAUAAUAAAUUUCUUAGUCUGCAGUGGUUUAAAUCCUCUUUGGGGCGGGGGGAGUGUACCAGGUUAUCCUGCAUAAUUGGUUAAUGAGAUGAGAAAAUUUGUUGGUUAGAAAAUGUACUUUGUAUUGGAGGAGAAGAAACUUCCUUAUUUAGAAUUUAGAGACUGAUUGGUGUGGUUGGUGUACUCCUGU